CGUGGUGCACUGGCGGUUUCUUGUGACGUCACCGGGAUUUGAACGUUGCGCCAUCAUCAUGGUGUACGGAUCUCCGCUCGUCCUUCCCGAACCCGCCCCGGGGGAGCCCGAACUACCGGAGGAAUGGCGGCUCUACCAGAUGGACACCCGGGUCCGGACCUACAGCAACUGGCCGUUCACCGAGGGCUGCGCCUGUACCCCGGAGAAGAUGGCGGAGGCGGGCUUCAUUCAUUGCCCCAGUGGGAACAGUCCGGACGUGGCGCAAUGCUUCUUCUGUAUGAAAGAACUGGAAGGAUGGGAGCCGGAUGAUGACCCCCUGGAGGAACACAAGAAACAUUCUCCGCACUGCUUAUUCCUCACCCUGAAGAAGACGGCCGAGGAGUUGUCACUCGUUGAAUUCCUCAAGCUGGAUAAGGAGAGAGUCAAAAUAAAAAUGCAAAAGGCGAUGACGAAGCAGAUUGAGAAGUUCCAGGCGGCGGCGCAGACUGUGAGGAGCUCCUUGGAGCAGCUGGAUAAAGAGGAUUUGGAUGAAUAGGAGCAAGAGCCGCCGUCCCUGAUCGGCAGUGUUACAUUGUACAUAGUGUUUAUAUUCUCUCCUGUAUAGCUUUCCGCCUGUGUUCGGAUUUUGGUUUUUAACUGUUCAGUUAUUAAAGAAUUUACUUUUCACUUUU